CUAAUACAGCUCAUAAUUUAACCAUAGUUGAGUAGUUAACAGUUGAUGGUAAAGACCAAAAAGAAAGCAGGGUAGUCUUGCAUUGCUAACAGUUGACCAUAAAGACUACCAUAUAUAAUACAGCUCUCUACCACGCUGCUUUUGUUGCUAACCUCCAUCUUCAAUUCGAUUGUGAGCUGAAGCUGAAUCGAAUCUAAGCUAAGGAAAGAGAAAUGGCUGCUGCAAUUGUGGGAGAAGCGUUGCUCUCAGCUGUUGUGGAAGCUUUAGUUGGCAAGAUCUCCACUGAGAUUUCGGAGUUCUAUCAGAGCAAGAAACUUGAUGAAUCGCUGCUUGAGAAGCUUAAAUUGACGCUGCUUAGUCUUCAUGCUUUUCUGGAUGAUGCUGAGGAAAAGCAGAUCAAGAUUGCUUCCGUGAAGGCUUGGCUUGAUGAACUCACUCAAGCUCUUUUUGACGCCGAUGACUUGAUCGAUGACAUCGCCACCGAAGCUCUCCGUCGCAAAGUGGAAGCCCGCUAUCAUCAAACUGUCAGUUCUAAGGUGCGAAAGGUCCUCUCCUCUCCUUUCAAGUGGCCUUACCGAGAGAUUAAUUCCAAGAUGCAGAAGUUGUUUGAAAGACUAGAGCAUUUUGCACAGAGAGCACACAACCUUCCAUUGGAAAAAGGUGUUUCUGGCAAUGUUUGGCGUGCAACACCUACAAAUUCUGCUUUUGAUGAUUCUGCUAUUUGUGGAAGAAAUGAUGAAAAACAGAAUCUUAAAGAGUAUUUAAUAUCAGAAGAUGCCGCUGAUGAUGGUGGCAAUAAAAUAGGAGUGCUUGCCAUUGUUGGCAUGGGAGGGCUCGGGAAAACGACCCUGGCUAAACUCUUAUACAAUGAUGCUCAAGUUAAUGAAAAGUUUGAUGCGAAAGCGUGGGCAUCUGUCUCAAAAGAUUUUGAUGUUGUCAAGUUGGCAAAAUCUCUUCUUGAAUCUGUCACAUCUGCAGCAAUAACUUUGGAUAACUUCGAUACCUUGCGAGCAGAAUUGCAAAAGAAGUUGUCGGAUAAAAGAUUUCUGCUUGUGUUGGAUGAUAUAUGGAAUGCACGGUAUGUUGAUUGGACCAAUUUGAUGCACAUUUUUAAUGUUGGUCAAAUGGGAAGCAAAAUCAUUGUUACAACACGACAUCAGAAUAUUGUGGAUAUUGUAAAAGCUAUGCGGACUUGCCAUCUGGAACCACUGGCAAAUGAAGAUUGUUGGACUUUGCUUUCCAAACAUGCAUUUAGAGCACCCAAAUGCACUGAACUGUCAUCCAACCUUGAAGAAAUUGGUAGAAAAAUUGCCCAAAAGUGUGGUGGCUUGCCAUUAGCUGCGGUUGCUGUGGGGAGUCUUCUUAGCACAAAGUUAUCAACCGAGCAGUGGAGCAAAGUGUUAAACAGCAACAUUUGGCAUCUGACAGGGGACGAGGUGCAACCAGCUCUUUUAUUGAGCUAUCAUUUCCUUCCAGCUUAUUUGAAACAAUGCUUUGCUUAUUGUGCAAUUUUCCCAAAGAACUCAGAACUGCACAAAGAGAAGUUAGUUCAGCUAUGGAUGGCACAGGGAUUUGUUUAUGUGUACCAAAAUGAGAAAAGCAUUGAAGAAGUAGGCGGUGAAUACUUUGAUGAACUAGUGGCAAGGUCAUUGAUACUACGUUCUGCGGGUGGGGAACACUUUGAAAUGCAUGACCUCAUCAACGAUUUGGCAACCAUGGUUUCUUCCUCAUAUUGUAAGAGGCAUGACAAUGAAAUGGAACUCAGAAAUCUAAACAAAAUUCGUCAUUUAUCUUAUGAUAAAAGUAUGUUUAACCAUUUUGGCGAACUUGAUUCCCUUCAUGGAUUGAAAGGCUUACGUACACUCACAGCAUUACCGUUUGAAUUUAACUUAACGGUAUGGGGCCAUCACUUAGCAAAUGGAGUAUUGCAUGAGUUGUUAGUAGCAUUGAAACAGUUGCGGGUGUUAUCCCUGUCAGACUACAGGAAUAUCACUGUUUUGCCGAAUUCUAUUGGCGAUUUAAAGCAUUUGCGAUACCUAGAUCUAUCUUGCACUCGAAUUGAAAGGUUGCCUUCUGCAAUAUGCAAGCUCUAUAAUCUACAGACCUUGUUGUUAACUUGUUGUAAAGAUCUUACUGAGUUGCCUGAGGAGAUGGGAAAAUUGGUGAAUCUACGCCACCUUGCUAUUGAUUAUUGUUGGGCUCUUACUAAGUUGCCUGAAGAGAUGGGAAAAUUGGUGAAUCUACGGCGCCUUGAUAUUCAUGGUACUGAAUUGCAGGAGAUUCCCGUAGACAUAACCAAACUAGAAAAUCUGCAAAGUCUGAGUCGUUUUAUUGUCAGCAAACAACAAAAUGGGCUAAAGCUUGCAGAAAUGAGAAAAUUUCCCCAUUUACAAGGUCAACUCUGCAUCUCAAAACUCGAAAAUGUUAAUGAUCCGUCUGAUGCUUGUCAAGCUAAUUUGAAGGAGAAAAAGCAAAUUAAAGAGUUAUUGUUGGAAUGGAGUGAUUCCACUUUGGAAGACUCCCAUCAAGUUGUACUUGAACAUCUGCAACCCUCAACUAAUUUGAAGAAAUUGACCGUUACAUGCUAUGGUGGAACUAGUUUCCCAAAUUGGUUGGGUGAUUCCUCGUUUGGCAACAUAGUGCGUUUGUGGAUUGAAGAUUGUCGUCAUUGUUCUUCAUUGCCACCUCUGGGACGACUACACAGUCUAAAAGAACUCUUCUUUCGGGAUAUGAGAUCAGUGAAGAGUAUUGGGUCUGAAUUUUACGGAGGUAAUUCCCCUUCAUUCCAACCGUUUCCCUCCUUGGAGACUUUGAGUUUUGGGUCGAUGGAAGAAUGGGAGGAAUGGAACAUGAUAGAUGGUAUAACUACUGAGUUCCCCCGUCUGUCAUACCUAUCUCUCAUAAGCUGUCCGAAGCUGAAAGGAAAUUUACCCAGCAAUCUUCCUUGCUUGCUUACACUUGUUGUAGACGAUUGUUGUGUACUGGAAUCAGAGUUUUCAGGAAAAGUGGAUAACAGAAACAUAAUGAGACCAUUGAAUGUAUUCAAUUUUAACUCUCUUCAAGAGUUAUCUCUCCUUCGAAUUCCUUCUCUGACGUCCUUCCCGAGCAAUGGUCUGCCCAAAGCGUUAAAGAAACUUUUUAUCCUAGGCUGUGAGAGCCUUGAAUUCCCAAGUCAUGAGUUCCUUCAGAGUUGCAAAGCACUUGAGGAUUUGUCCAUAAUGAGUAGCUGUUGCUCGCUGAAGUCAUUUCCCUUAGGUUCUCUCCCUGUGCUCAAGCGUCUCGAGCUUUCGGAUUGUAAAAAAUUGAAAUCAAUUUCAAUUUUGGAAGAAGAAGCAGCAAGCCAAUCUCUCAUGUUUCUUGAACAUCUCGAAGUAGAUGAGUGUCCUGAACUGGAGUCGAUUUCCCUACUCGAUUUGUGCACUCCUAACCUGAGUUCUUUUUGGAAGAGGGUUUGCCUAUCAAUUUAACGACACUUGGUGUCGGCAAUGAAGAAGGGGUUUAUUCCAAUACAGAUAUCACCAAGUGGGGCUUGGACCGGCUCACUUCCCUUUCACGUUUGUGGAUUAAAGGUGAGUAUCUGGUUAAGAAGCUGAUGGAAAUACAAGUGCCC